UCCGCCGGCAUGAACGAAAGUUAAUGAAUGAAAAAUGUCAAGACGUAAUAAAAGAGACGUCGAUAGAUAUGUAUCAAAUAUUCCUGAAAAAGAGAAAAAUUCCAGAGGAUACCAGAUAUCUGUGUUAUACAAUGAAGCUGGUGACUAUGAAACUGCUAAAAGGUACCUAGCAUCUUACAUCAGUACUAGAGAGAAUGUACCCCAGGCUCAUAAAUUGAUGGGACAGAUUUUAGAAUCCAGCAAAAACAAAGAAGAUGCUAUUGAAAGUUACAAAAGGUCAUUCCAACUAGAUAGUAAGCAAAAAGAUUUACUUCUGAAAAUUUGUGAAUUGUAUGGUAGUUUGAAGAGUAUUGACCCUGAAAGAGCUAAAUAUUGGGUAGAACAAGCUGAAAGAUUUCAUCAUAACAGUUCUGUGUUAUUUAAAUUGAAGGAAAGAGUAAUGUCAGGAGCCAACUUUGAAGAUCUAGAAGAUUUUUACGCAAAACAAUUAGCAAAAAACUACACAGAAGUAAAUUUACAUACCAAGUUGAUAGACCUGUACCUAUCAGAAGACAAAGUAGGCAAUGCCUAUAGACACACAGUUGAUGUAGAGAAAACUCUAGCAUUUGUUGACAACAUUGUGUGGUAUGAAAACACCUCUAGAGUAUUUCAAACUUACCAGAAAAAAGAAAGAUGUCAAGCUGAUACAUCAUUCCACAUGCAUCGCUUAAUUGUUUUGUGUAACUUGGUGUACCUACAGAUCAAAGAGAGAGAAAUUGUUACCUGUGCACAAUCAUUAUACAUGCUUGACCAGAGUUUACAAGAAGCUAUGAUGGUGAAAUCCCAGAAACCUGAAUGGAUGUCUGUAUUAUGUGAAGUACAAGGGAUGUAUUACUUCCUCUGUGGUUUACUAUUGUUGAAAAGAGCUAAUAAGGGACAAUUAGUUUGGAAAGAUGCCAGUUCAUUUUCUGUUGUUUGUUUCCUUCUGAGUUACAAUUUCCCAGUUAUAAAUAGAACAUCGGCAUGGUAUGUGCAAUCCAAAUCUGUACAGCUUCAGAAGUUUUAUGACAGAGUUUAUCUGUUUGGGUGCUACAGACUUAGUCAAGCUGGUUACAUUGCCUCAUCACUGUUGCAUGGUGAAGCUUCUACACAGCUGAACACUCAGCGACAACAAUUACGUACUCCACAGGCCAGAGAUAAGCUUUAUGAUGUCAUGUUCACAAUGAGGGAGAUGAGAGAAAAGAAGGAAAAAUCUUAUCUGAUUCAGUCUGAUCAUUUCUGUACAGCCCAGGUUGUUGUACCAUCUAAAAAAUUAGUAUCAGAGAAUGAUAAAGGUGUAGAGGAACUGUUUGCUGAUAACUUAGAUCAGUUGGUAUGGCUGGCAUUACAGAAAUAUUCUGUGAAGGAUCAGGUUCUUUCUUAUAAUGGGUUGGCGGUAUUCAACAAAUUACCCUUUAGUACAGAUGAUAUUGACAGUGCUUCUUUGGAAUCCCUUUGUCAACUGGAUAUUCAGAUAUUUUUCCUGGCAGCAUUGAGAUGUGCAAGUAUAAAUUAUGAGGAGCAGCGCCGAAUCAAUAGAAGGGAUCAGUUUAGGCCUUACAUUCUCCCUGCUUGCCUAUGUUCAACUUUGUGUACAAGUCAGCAAGUCGACUGGUGGACAGCUAUGUACAAGCUUUGUACAGGGAAGGCUAAGGAGAAUUUCCCUAAAUUAAGAGCUACAAUACAACGAGGAUUGGAAGUGGUCAGAUUAAAGGGACCUCAUGGGAUGUCUGUAGUCACUAUUACAAACAUUGCAAAGAGUUUUGAUCAAAGUGUCAAGGAAUUAGAGACUGACCGAUCUGUGGAAGGACAAGAAAGACUGACUGGUUAUAAUGGUAGAGCAGCAAUGUAUUGGAAAGAAGUCCUUGGUAUGGUUGAAAGGUUACAAAGGAAAAUAGCACAAAGAAGGCCUAAAGAAAGAUUAUUUGAUGAUGGUGACAGUGGACAAGUAGAUUCAAACCAGAUACAAGAUAUUAAAGACCAGGCUCAGUUUUCAUUGGCCAUUGUUGCCAUGAGGAGGGGAAGUUUAGAGGAGGCAAAAGAGAAGCUUGAAUCUAUCAAAACACCAUGGGCUUCAUACUAUCUGGCUAAGAUUUACCGUGACAUGUCAAGGGAUAUAAAUUCUGAUGACAUAGGAUUUGCUGGUGACAAGUUAGCAUUAAUGGAGAGGGCUUUGGAUACUCUGUACCAGACAUUAGAUAGACUGAAGACACAUAAAAAUCAUGAGUUAGAGAGUAUUGUUCCUAAAGAAAUAGAUGAAGUUGUUAAUGAGAUAGAAGGACUUAGGAUGCCUGGUCUUGCCCUUGUUGACAGUAUAUGUAAUGGCAUGAAUAGUACGGGUCAACCACCUGACUUGGAAGGGGACGAGGAAAAUGACUCUGAAGAAGAAUAUACAAGUUUUAGUACACCUAAUGGUAAAGAGCAACAAGUUGAUCUUAAGCCAUCAGUGAUAUCAUCUGGUUUUGUGGCUAGUACUCCAGCAGUCAAGUCAAGAACACCAGGAAAAUCUCCCGGAUCUAAACAAUUACAGUUCAAUAUGGAGACUCGGCAGCAUGCACGUCCUAGUCCAGAGAGGUUAGAAGCCAGAAUAUGGGCAAUAGAAAAGAAACAAGAAACAGUUAUAGAUCUGGUUCAAGAUAUGAGAAAUAGACAUACAGAACUAGAAUCUACCAUUAAGGGGCUAAAGGAUUUGCUUUUAAGCCAGAGACAACCACCUCCUCCGCCUCCACAGAUGUACCCUUCACCAUACGCUGGAUCAAUGUACAGACCUCAAUACCAACCUCCACCACCUCCCAUGAUGCAUCAGCCAGCAUACGGCUAUCCAAUGUCACCUGGACCAGGAGGUCGACCAAUACCUAGCCGUGUUGGUAGGACCAGUCAGUAUAUACCACAGCCAGACAUAGAAGAUGAGUUUUACGAUGGUGAUUUUUAUGAAGACAAUGGCUCAGGACAGGGAAUUACAGGACAGGACACAAGUGGUUGGACAGUAAAUCAUAAACCUGGAAUGGAAGGUGUGAGUAAUCUUGGUCAUCCAUCACAAACUCAGCAAAUGCCUCCUGCAGGAUUUUUUGCCCAAGCAUUAAGAGGUCAAGCUCUUCAGUUCCAACAAGGUCAGAUAAUGACAGGACAAGUUGGGAGACAAGGACCACCUAUGAUGAGUUCUGGUUUAGUCUCCAUGUCUACAACACAAUCAGUCAAUUCAGGCAUGUACCCUGUUCCUGGUGCCCAGCCACAGUCUACAGGUAUGAUUCCUGGUAUGAUGCCAGGACAGUCUCAUGGUCAGGUUUCAUCCCAGAUGGCUGGACAAGUCCAAGGACAGCUUGCAGAAUUGUUAAGUACCAAUACCUGCCAGCCAAGAAUGAUAAGGACAGAGAUUCCUAAGCCACCUGAGCCGCAACGACCUGUAUAUGGCACUUCACCAGCAGCACAAAAUAUAGGUACUGUAAGUUCAUCAAAUGCUACUCCCACAACUUUACCACUGUUAGGCAGUCUCCUAGCUGCUUCAACAUCACCUGACAAACCAUUAGCUAAUCCUGUUUCUAUGGUUACUUCAGUUGCUCCUGGUUCUUCAGCACCAAAAGGAACCUUUAGUUUUGGACAACAACCUUUUACAACAGGUACCCAGUCACCAUUCAGUUUUGGACAAGUGUCAUCGACUACUCCAGAGGGUGGUCAGAAUUUGUUUACCUCACCACAGAAGGCGUCUACAACCACUCCUGGUGCUGCUGGGUAUAUAUUUCCAUCCCCUCAAAAGGAAAAUAUUUUUGCUGGAAAAUCGUCAAGGGAGACAAGUCCUGUAAAAUCUCCAUCAAAAGAUCAUACAGAUGAAUAUGAACCUAAUGUUGAUUUCAAACCCGUCAUAGAUUUGCCUGAUCUUGUUGAAACAAAAACAGGAGAAGAGGAAGAAGAAGCUGUUUUCUGUGAACGGGCAAAAUUAUUUAGAUUUGAUGAUGGACAAUGGAAGGAAAGAGGAACUGGAGAACUAAAACUCUUACGUCAUAAACAAACAAAACGUGUUCGAUUAUUAAUGAGACGAGAACAAGUUUUGAAAGUUUGUGCCAAUCAUUUCCUUACUAAAGAAAUGAAACUUUCUCCUAUGCAGUCUUCUAAAAAGGCAUGGUGUUGGAAUGCUCAGGACUUCUCUGAGGGAGAAAUUCAGAUCGAAAAAUUAGCAGUUCGUUUCAAAGAUGAGGACCUUGCUUUGAAAUUCAAGACAACUUUUGAAAAACUGCAGUCUGAACUUGAUCAAGUAAAAUCAAAUCAAGCGCAAAAAGAGCCAGCUAAAACAGUGACCACAAAUAAACCAUCACUUGGUUCAAUGUUCAAGAAAGAGGAGGGAUCCUGGUCGUGUCCCGCUUGCUUGGUAUCAAAUAAAUCAGAUGUUCAGAAAUGUGCUGCUUGUCAAACACUGAAGCCAGGUCUGAAACCAGAGGAUGUUAAACAGACAGAUUCAAAAUCUUCCAACAUAUUUGGUUCUACAUCAAGUGGUGUCAAGUUUGGAAAUACAACAUCGGAUCAAAAAUCUUCAGGCUUUUCCUUUCAAUCAGGGGCAAAACCAACAUCUGCUGCAGACAUCAAAUUUGGUCAGACAACAAAAGCAGCUGACAGCACAACUCCUGCUACAGGAAGUGGAUUCAAGUUUGGUGGACAAACAGUUUCUGCAAUAAAAACAACAACAGCUGAAGCAGAUACUAGCAAACCUCCACUCAGUGGUGGAUUUAAAUUCGGACAAUUACCAGAGUCUGACAAAAAUAAAGCAACCCCAGGAGCAGUAAGUUUUGGACAGACUGUCUCUUCCACUUCUACAACUGAACCCAGUAAGUCUACUUUAGGUGGCUUUACAUUCCAACAAACAGCUAAACCAUCUGGUUUCAGUUUUGGUGGAGAGACUAAGUCUAACACUUCCAAACCAGCUUCAACAUUUACCUUUAAGCCCAGUGCUCCAAUUACUACUGCCUCACCUUCCCCAGCUGUUACAGAAACAACUAACAAACCAGUGUCAUUUAAGCCUAGCACGCCAUUAGGGUCUUCAACAGUUAUCCCUAAGCCUGAGCCUGCUAAAAAAGAUGAAAAGAAAGGAUUUGGGAAUCAGUUUAAACCGAAAGAAGGAAGUUGGAAGUGUAAUGGAUGUCUUAUGUCUAAUAAUGGUGAUGCGCUAAAAUGUCCUGCCUGUCAAACACUUAAACCUGGAGUUACUAAGGAGGAGGCUAAAGCGUCAGGUCAGCUUGAAAAGAAGGAGGCAAAGAAAGGAUUUGGUGAUUUGUUUAAACCUAAAGAGGGUGCCUGGAAAUGUGAUGGCUGCCUUGUUUCAAAUAAUGGUGAUGUUCUCAAAUGUCCUGCCUGUGGUAUGUUGAAGCCAGGAGUUAAAAAGGAAGACCUACCAAAAGAAACGGAAAAGUCUUCAGCCUUUGGAAGUACUGCUGGUGGAUUUAAUUUUGGUGGAAAAGGAGGAUUCACUUUUGGAACAGCUGGCAAAUCUGAUACUAAAGCUGGUUCUGGAUUCACAUUCCCUACACCAGAUUCCACAAAGGACAAAUCUGAAUCCAAUCCAGCCUCGGCUGGUUUUACUUUCACACCAACAAAAUCAGAUGUAGAGAAAAAUAAACCAGCUUCUGCAGCCAAAGGUUUCAACUUUACAUUACAUCCAUCCGCUACACCAGAAAAGAGCAGCGGUGGAUUCAGUUUUACAUUGUCACCAUCAAAAGAUGCAGGUCCAAAGUCUCCACCCACCGAUGCUGAGGGUAUGUACCUAAAUAAAGACGGAGAUGAUGAUCACAUUCAUUUUGAACCGAUUAUUGAACUGCCGAGUGUUGUUGAUGUUGUCACUGGAGAAGAAGAUGAAGAAGGUUUAUUUCAACAUCGUGCUAAACUGUUCAGAUUUGUUGAUGGUGAGUGGAAAGAACGCGGACUGGGUGACAUCAAAAUCUCCAAACAUAAAGAAAGUGGAAAAGUUAGACUUCUGAUGCGUCGAGCGCAAAUUCAUAAAAUCUGUUUGAAUCAUUAUUUAACCCAGGAAUUAGAGUUAAAACCUAUGCCAAAAACUGAUGGAAAAGCAUGGAUCUGGUUUGCUAUGGAUUUCUCUGAUGACGAACCUGCAAUGCAACAAUUAGCUGUAAAAUUCAAAAAUCAAGAAAUAGCAACUGGUUUCAAAAAGGCAUUUGACGAUGCCAAAGCGAAACUUGAAUCCUCUGUCACUACCCAGAAAUCACCAGUAAAAAGUGUUGACAAUUCUGAUGAUAGAACUGAUGGUGUUGAAUUUGUAAGAGAAGAGAAAGCUACAAAGGAACAAAUAACAAUGGCAAGACAAUUUUUGCUACCCGACCACUUCUAUUUGUAUGAGAAGAAACCAUCCUGUCCAGGCUGUAUUGGUUGUGAGGAUUACGAACCUGGGAAAAAAAUCUCACUGGCAAAAUCUAAAAUUCCAGUUAAAGUUGUAGGUGAUACAAACUCAUCAAAUGCCAAAUCAAAUUUAUUUGGACAAAGCAGAUCAUCAGAUUUACCAAAACCUAAAUCUGAAUCCAGCGUAAUUGGAUCAACAACAGUCAGUUCUUCUUCAGAAAAGAAAGAAGGAAUGUUCGGUGGAGGAGCUACAGAAUUCUCUUUCUCAUCAAUAGUUAAAGAAUCUGAGACAUCCUCGGGAGGUGUAUUUGGCGGAGGAGGGGCUUUCUCUUUUUCUGAUCUGGCCAAGCAAGCUGAUAGUUCUACCUCACCAGGUUUUAAAGUUCAAGAUCACACCAAACAGUUCAGCUGGACAGGAACAGGACAGCAGUUAUUUUCUACUGGUGCAGGUGAUGGUAAUGAAGAAGGGGCAGAAGAUGCAGAUGAGAGUGGUGCCACCUAUGAUCCUCAGUAUGAACCAAUUAUAGAUCUUCCUGACCUUGUUGAUACUAAAACAGGAGAAGAAGACUUUGAAAAGAUGUUCUGUCAAAGAGCUAAGCUGUUCAGAUUUGAUAAAGAUGCCAACCAGUGGAAGGAAAAGGGACUUGGAGAAAUGAAAAUUUUGAGACAUCUAGUCAACAGUCGAUACAGACUUAUACUGAGAAGAGAACAAGUAUUAAAGUUAGCAUGUAACCAGUGGUUGACAGCAGAUAUAUCAUUUAAACCUUUACCAACAUCAGAAACAUCAUGGUGCUGGGUUGGACAAGAUUUUAGUGACAAUGAACCAGUUAUUGAACAGUUAGCAAUUAAAUUUAAGACAAUAGAGCUGGCUCAACAGUUUAAACAAGUGAUUGAUAGCUGUCAGAACAACAUCAGAAAACAGAAAUUAACAGCUACAGAGAAGGGAGAUGCAGAUAUAAAACCCACAACUGUGGUAGCACAGCCAGAAGAGUCAAGAACUGUGGUAGCACAGCCAGAAGAGUCAAGAACUGUGGUAACACAGCCAGAAGAGUCCAGAACUGUGGUAGCACAGCCAGAAGAGUCCAGAACUGUGGUAACACAGCCAGAAGAUACAAUGAAGAAUGUUAUUGAAGAACAAGUUAAAGUAGAAGAAGAUGAAGAAGACGAUGAUGAAUAUACAACAGAUGAAGAUGAAGAAGAAAUACUUUUUGACAAAAGAAUAAAAUUCUUCAGCAAAGAAGAAGAUUGGAAGGCGGUAGGACUAGGAACAAUAAAGGUUAUUUAUGAUGAAGAUGUCAAUGGCAAUCGGAUAAUGGUAGAAUUAGACAACAAAAACGUUGUUUGUAAUCAUUUAGUAACCAAGGAACUGAAUAUGUCUAUAGAUAAAAAAGACUGUUUUUGGUCUCCAAUAGAUUUCUCUACAGAUGAACCUGUAAGAAGGCACUUUAGAUCUCAGUUUAGUUCAGAGCAGGCUGCUCAAGAAUUCCAGAAAGUAUUUGAGGAGGGACGCCAGUUAGCACAGGAAUCAGAAAUUUCAGAAAGAGACCUAGCGACUUUCCCACAUGAGAUAACAUUUCCACAUGCUCAUAGUGGCUCCAGUCAAUGAGGAUUACAAUAGACAAUAACUUUGUUAUGGAUUAAUGUAGCUUUCUGUAACUCUGAAAUCAAAUGUGAAUUACAAGUUCUGUUUAAUGUAAUGAUUAAUUAAUGUAAUUCUUAUUAGAAUGACACAGGAAUUUGUGUAACUGUUAAAUUAUGUUAUUGUUUCAAGUCUUAAGUUAUGAUAUGUUUUCUGCUAACCUAAUGGUAUUAGGGUAAUGUUAAUGAAUUCAAACUGCAUGGAAUGUAAAGUAUUUAUCAAAAGAAUGUUAAGUCUUCAAUAUUAAUAGUUUUAUGUUGAUCACAAGGAUUACAGCAAAUUAUACAAAGGGUUUUGUUAUGUUUUGAUUAAUGUAACAAAUCUUUCAGAUGGGAUUGUUUCUAUUUGGUGUAAAAAAAAUUCUGUUAAAAGAAUAGCAUCUGUAGAAAUACAAAUAGUAUGGUCAUACUUUACAAUCAAAUUUGUAUUGUGAAAUUGACUAAUUAGAUUAUUGGUAUCUUUUUUACUACUCAUGACAAAGUGUUUUCCCUAGAGGAUUUAUGCAUUGUGGGGCCUCCAUGCAUUUAUGUUGAUCAUGAUUAAAAAAACUUUAAACUCCCUUUAAUGAGCCCCUAUCAUUCAAAACUAAUGGACACCAUCCUUUCAGUCAAUCCCUCGUCAAUCAAAAAUAUUCAAAGGAAAACACUAUUCAAAUGCUUAAUUUACAUGGAACCUGAGUCAGAUAGUCAUUCAUAUUUGUUGUCUAUAUUUAUAGUGCUAUAUUCAUUAAGAUUUUAACACGUUUCAAUUACAAAAAUUGUAGCUUCAUUUCAAGUAUUAAAUUCUAUUUUGUCCAAUAGUUUUUUACUUGGCCCCAUUUAAUCUAUUAAAAAAAAAUCAAUCAACAACAGUUUAGGCAAUGAUACUAUUUGUAUUUACAGAACUUAAUUAGAACAAUAUUGUGAACACUUAAUCUAGUUUUCUAGUUAUUUACAUGUUAAUGUAGUUAAACACAAUUAUUACUGAUGACAUUGUCAGUUUCUGAUGUUUGAAAAGGUGAGGCUUAAAAGGAUGUAUAAUGAAAACCUAUUUAACACUGAAAUAUGACUUGGGUUUUGGAUUAUUUUGGUUAAAAAAAAUUAUAUGCUAAAAAACAAGAUGCAUGAAAAUCUGUUAAAAAUUAGUUUUUUAAUUAAAGGUUUAAAGGUUAUAUCUUCUUUCAUUUCAAUUUCUCUUUUCUUUCUAAUAUCUUUAUCAUAU